AUGCCAUUGAAACAGAAAUAUUACGUCCAUUCUGCUCAUAUUUACAAUCGAACGGCGCAAGCGAUCAACUUAAAAAUUUACUACUGUGGUGAGAAUCAACAUCACGAACAUGAAAUGAUACGUCUAAACCAAUUGGAAGGCCAUGGCGGACAUUAUUUUGCUGAAACGCGCUCCUAUGCUGACGCGCAUAUGAUCAUCGACCGGCAUAUUUACAAAAUCGAAGUCGAAACUGCGGAUGGCAAAACAUUGGAAAUCAAAUGGCCGUACGACGGUUUAGUCGACCAUCAUGAAAAAGAAUGGCAAUUCGAUGUUGAAGAUGAUGGAAUCAAAUCAAUUAACCCACGUGUCUGA